AACUGAGCUCACAGUCCCCUCUUGCUUUGCAGAUGAAGAAACUUGAGCCCAGAGAGAGGGAGUGACAGCCCCAGCCACGUGGUGUGGAGCUGGGACCCCGUCUGUGGGCAGUGCGCGGCCCUCUUCAACUUGGUUUGGAGUCGGAGUCCCUUGCAAGUUCCAGACCUCCAAUGGCUGACCAGAGAAUGGACAUUUCUUCGACAAUCAGUGACUUCAUGUCCCCGGGCCCCACCGACCUGCUCUCCAGCCCCCUCGGCACAGGCGGCAUGGAUUGCAACCGCAAGCGGAAAGGCAGCUCUACCGACUACCAACUUGAUGACUUUUCUUUUGAAGAAAGCAUGGACACAGACAAAGACGACCCUCACGGAAGGUUAGAAUACACAGAGCACCAAGGAAGGAUCAAAAAUGCAAGGGAAGCUCACAGUCAGAUUGAAAAGAGGCGUCGGGAUAAAAUGAACAGCUUCAUUGAUGAAUUGGCUUCUUUGGUGCCCACGUGCAACGCCAUGUCCAGGAAAUUAGAUAAACUUACUGUGCUGAGGAUGGCCGUUCAGCACAUGAAAACACUACGAGGUGCCACCAACCCAUACACAGAAGCAAACUACAAACCAACUUUUCUGUCAGAUGAUGAAUUGAAACACCUCAUUCUCAGGGCAGCAGAUGGAUUUUUGUUUGUCGUAGGAUGUGACCGAGGGAAGAUCCUCUUUGUCUCCGAGUCUGUCUUCAAGAUCCUCAACUACAGUCAGAAUGAUCUGAUCGGUCAGAGUUUGUUUGACUACCUGCACCCUAAAGACAUCGCCAAAGUGAAGGAACAGCUCUCGUCCUCAGACACGGCGCCCCGGGAGCGGCUCAUAGAUGCAAAAACUGGACUUCCAGUUAAAACAGAUAUAACCCCUGGGCCAUCUCGAUUAUGUUCUGGAGCACGACGUUCUUUCUUCUGUAGGAUGAAGUGUAACAGGCCUUCAGUAAAGGUGGAAGACAAGGAUUUCCCCUCUACCUGCUCAAAGAAAAAAGCAGAUCGAAAGAGCUUCUGCACCAUCCACAGCACAGGGUACCUGAAGAGCUGGCCACCCACAAAGAUGGGGCUGGACGAGGACAGCGAACCGGACAACGAGGGCUGUAACCUCAGCUGCCUUGUCGCCAUCGGACGCCUGCAUUCUCACAUGGUUCCGCAGCCGGUGAACGGGGAAAUCAGGGUGAAGUCUAUGGAGUAUGUGUCUCGGCACGCGAUAGACGGGAAGUUUGUUUUUGUAGACCAGAGGGCAACAGCUAUUUUGGCAUAUUUACCACAAGAACUUCUAGGCACAUCAUGUUAUGAAUAUUUUCACCAAGAUGACAUAGGACAUCUCGCAGAAUGUCAUAGGCAAGUUUUACAGACGAGAGAAAAGAUUACGACUAACUGCUAUAAGUUUAAAAUCAAAGAUGGUUCUUUCAUCACGCUGCGGAGUCGAUGGUUCAGUUUCAUGAACCCUUGGACCAAGGAAGUCGAAUACAUUGUCUCAACCAACACUGUUGUUUUAGCCAACGUCCUGGAAGGCGGGGACCCAGCCUUCCCGCAGCUCACAGCGUCCCCCCACAGCAUGGACAGCAUGCUGCCCUCUGGAGAAGGUGGCCCAAAGAGGACCCACCCCACUGUUCCAGGGAUUCCAGGGGGAACCAGGGCUGGGGCAGGCAAAAUAGGUCGAAUGAUUGCUGAAGAAAUCAUGGAGAUCCACAGAAUAAGAGGGUCCUCACCUUCCAGUUGUGGCUCCAGCCCAUUAAACAUCACAAGUACACCUCCCCCUGAUGCCUCUUCUCCAGGAGGCAAGAAGAUUUUAAAUGGAGGGACUCCAGACAUUCCUUCCAGUGGCCUACUACCAGGGCAGGCUCAGGAAAACCCAGGUUAUCCAUAUUCUGAUAGUUCCUCUAUUCUUGGUGAGAAUCCUCACAUAGGCAUAGACAUGAUAGAAAACGACCAAGGCUCAAGCAGUCCCAGUAAUGACGAAGCAGCGAUGGCUGUCAUAAUGAGUCUCUUGGAAGCAGAUGCUGGGCUGGGUGGUCCUGUUGACUUCAGCGACUUGCCAUGGCCGCUGUAAACACUACAUGUUGCUUUGGCAACAGCUACAGUAUCAAAGUGCAUUACUGGUGGAGUUUUACAGUCUGUGAAGCUUACUGGAUAAAGAGAGAACAGCUUUUAUGUACUGUCCUCAUAAGAGCCAUCUCAGAGCCAUUGAUACAAGUCAAUCUUACUAUGUGUAACUUCAGACAAAGUGGAACUAAGCCUGCUCCAGUGUUUCCUCAUCAUUGAUUAUUGGGCUAGCUGUGGAUAGCUUGCAUUAAUUGUAUAUUUUGGAUUCUGUUUGUGUUGAAUUUUUUAAUCAUCGUGCACAGAAGCAUCAUUGGUAGCUUUUAUAUGCAAAUGGUCAUUUCAGAUGUAUGGUGUUUUUACACUACAAAGAAGUCCCCCAUGUGGAUAUUUCUUAUACUAACUGUAUCAUAAAGCCGUUUAUUCUUCCUUGUAAGAAUCCUUUACUAUAAAUAUGGGUUAAAGUAUAAUGUAUUAGACAGUUAAAUAUUUUUAAUAAAUGUUUCCCUUG